GAUGCCGUCAUCGAGAAGAUGCUCGCGCAGGAGAAGACCUACCGCCUGGUCCCGGAUUUCGUCGCCACGCCGCGCUUCUGCGUCGCGAUCCUGGACGUCCUGUUCAAAGCCGGGGACUGGGACGGCAUCAACGACCACAUCGUGCUGCUCUCGAAGCGCCGCGCGCAGUUGAAGCAAGCCGUCGGAGCCAUGGUCAAGGAGGCGAUGACCUUCGUGGACAAGGCGCCCAACCUGGAGGUGAAGACGAAACUCAUCGAGACGUUAAACGACGUCACCGCGGGGAAGAUCUUCGUCGAGGUCGAGAAAGCGCGUCUCACGCGCGCGCUCGCGAAGAUCAAAGAAGAGGCUGGGUUAACGAACGAAGCCGCGGAGAUCAUGCAAGAGGUGGCCGUGGAAACCUACGGCGCGUUGUCCAAGCACGAAAAGCUCUUCUUCAUCGAGGAGCAAGUCCGCCUGUGCCUGGACAAGGGCGACACCGUCCGCGCGCAGAUCUUGAGCAGGAAGAUCAACCCGCGGAGUUUCGACGAGAUCGAGAAGAAGAAGAACGCGUCCGUGGAACACGCGGAGGGAUACUUCGAAGCCACGGACCCGACGAUUCCUUCCGUCCCAGAGCUGAAGCUUCGGUAUUACCAGCUCAUGAUCCGGUUCCAUAGCCAUAGCGACGACUACUUAGAAGUGUGCCGGUGCUACCAAAACGUCAUGGAGUGCGACGGGAUCAAAGACGACGCCGCCAAGUGCACCGCGGCGCUGAAAAAAGUCGUGUGGUACGUCACCCUCGCCGCGAACGAGCCGAUGCAGCAGUCGCUGUUGCACUCCAUCAGCAAGGACACGCGCUUGAUCGACCUCCCUCUGCACAAGCAGCUCACGAAGCAGUUCACGACGAAGGAAAUCAUUCACUGGGACGUCCUCUCCGGCGCGUUCGCCGCGGAGAUGGCGCACGAGACGGACAUCUUCGGGGACUCGAAGCGCGGGGAGAAGAGGCGCGCAGACUUGAGGCAGCGCGUGAUCGAGCAUAACCUCCUCGUGAUCGGGGCGUACUACUCCAGGGUGACGAUGACGCGCCUGGGCGAGCUCCUGUGCCUCCCGCCGGACGAGACGGAGAAGCACCUCUCGGACCUCGUCGUGGCGAAAAAGGUGAGCGCGAAGAUCGACCGACCGGGCGGGGUGGUCGACUUCAAGACGAAAGCGCAGGGCGCGGACUGGCUGUUGAACCAGUGGGUGGGGAAGAUCGACAAGCUGCUGAGCACGUUGGACAAGGCGAAUCACCUCAUUCACAAAGAGGCGAUGGCGCGCAAGGUGUCGCUCGAAUGAUGCGAUGGACGACGACGCGAAGGAACGACGGAGAACCGUCGCGCCCGACGAAGCGCGCGACGUCCGGCGGCGGCGGCGCGGGCGGCGCGUCGUCUGGGACCCGAGCGCGCGCGCGGUGGCGUGUAAUAAUUCAUACGACGACGUGACGUA